AUUAUGUCUAUAGAUCAAAGUAAUUCCACCACAAAACUUCCUCUAUUUUUAACACCAAAAUCCAUGAAAUUGAAAUAUUCACCUCAACAAUAUUCAUCAGGUGUAUUAACUCCACCAAUUCACACUUGUUUAGCUUCUGUUCCUUUUAAGUGGGAAUUACAUCCUGGUAAACCUAGACCUUAUUGUACUGACAUUAUUAUUUCUACCAUUUUUAAUGAUCAACCUAAAUUCUUAGAGCCACCUCCUAGGUUUUACUACUUGGAUAAAAUGACCAAAAUACCCUCCUCCCCUAAAAUAAAUAAUGUCCUUGAGAGAGGGCAACUUGGUGCUCUAGUUCUUUAUAAGAAUGAUGAUAAUAGUACUAAUAAUAAUGUGCGUAGAAGAGGUUCUUAUUGGUGGCAACAAUGGUUUGCCAAACGACGUAUUAAGAAGGAAAUUGGUGUCGGUGGGGGUAAUUUGGUCAUUUCAUCUUCAUCAUCAGAUUGUGGAACUGGCACUGGACUUGAAAGAAAUGGUUACUUCUCCGGCCUCUCUCACUCUCACAUUUGGGCCUCCAUGUACAAGGGUUUCAAGAAUGUCAUACCUUGGAAGAGCAAAAAAAAAAAAACAGAAGUGCUCAUUAAAACUCAAACAUGA